AUGUAAUAUUGGUGUUUUUCUUUCUCAUCCUUGUGUUCUGCUUGUAUCAACAAUUCAAAUGAUUGUANAUAAGAUAAAUUAAUUGAAGUUUUGUAACAUUUUGUAAAAGGAUAAAUUACUCAUCUUAUAUAGAGUAAUGAAUUGUUUGUAAGAGCUAUUAAAUAAAAUAAUGAUAUUAUAGGAGUUAACAAAAUAUUAAAGAAUGAUUUAAGGUAUAAUUUAAGUAUUAAUAUCUAGCGGUUAUUUAACAACUCCAUCUGCUUUGAUCAGCUCUUGUUGCUUUAAAAUAAAAUGA